AUGUUCCAGAUCCCAGAGUUUGAGCAGAGUGACCGGGAAGACUCUAGCCCUGCAGAUAGGGGCCUGGGCCCCAGCACCGAAGGGGACCGGCCCUCGGGCCCCAGCAGCCGCCACAGCACAGCCCCAGGCCCCCUGGGGGAUGCCAUUCAUAAACAGACACAGCCGACCAGCAGCAGCAGCCACCAUGGAGGCGCUGGGGCCGUGGAAACCCGGAGCCGCCAUAGUUCAUACCCGGCGGAGUCUGACGAGGAAGAAGGUACGGAGGAGCCCAGCCCCUUUCGGGGCCGUUCGCUCUCGGCGCCCCCCAACCUCUGGGCUGCACAGCGAUAUGGCCGCGAGCUCCGCAGGAUGAGCGACGAGUUCGAGGGCUCUUUCAAGAAGGGACUUCCUCGACCGAAGAGCGCGGGCACAGCGACGCAGAUGCAACCAAGCCCCAGCUGGACACGCCUUAUCCAGUCCUGGUGGGAUCGGAACUUGGGGAGAGGUGGCUCCGCCCCCUCCCAAUGA